UCCGUUUGGUUUCUCGCAGUCAGUCCUGCGGCGGCGACCGGCGGCUCUUCUCCCUCCAUUUUUCGGUUCUUAAAAAUUAGUUUAUUAUUAUUAUUAUUUAUUAAGAGCUUAAAAUGGAGGUUCACCUUCCUGAUUGAAUCCAAGCGCUGCAUAAGUCAGUGGAAGCUCGUUGGAGUUUGGAAGUUCUUGCAGGCAAGGUGUUCGACGAAAGGCUUUAUACGAAAAAUCCCCAAAUGCUUGUGUUCUUCUGGCCUGUGCAUUGAUAAAAGGAACAAAAGAUACGAUCUUUUUCAGUUGCAAUGGUCGGAAAGCCUGGAUUUUCGUUUGCUAGGAUGCUCCUAAGCAAAGGCAAUGGCUGCAAGGAGAGACAGUUUUUCUUCUUUUUCUAUAGCCCUAGCUUGAGGUCUUCUGCGGGGAAUAGCUACUCUUCUACUGCUAAAGUGGCCGCGGAAAAGGCCGGCGAUCGGAUGGCGGACCAUUUCUUGGUGAACUAUCUCACUGACUCACUCAACUUCUCCAGAGAUGACGCCAUCUCCGCUGCCGCAAAGGUAAGCCAAUUCAAAUCUCAAACAAAACCCGCCAUAGUUGUGAAGUAUCUGCAACAGAUAGGUAUGGAGCCAACCCAUAUCAGGGCUGCAGUUUCCAGGUUUCCAAAAUUGCUAUUCUCUGACCCUGAGAAAACCCUUAAUCCCAAAAUUCAGUGCCUCCAAGAACUCGGGAUGUCCGGGCCAAACCUUGUCAGUUUUAUCACUAGGGAUGCUUCCUUUCUUUCUAGAGGAUUAGAGACUCAUUUGAGACCUGCAUUACAUUUUCUCAAAGAAGCAGCAGGUAGUAACCAUAAUGCCUUGAAAGCUUUAAAGAGAUCUGGUUGGUUGCUUUCUUAUGGUAGUUACAAAACUAUGGAAGAGAAUGUACAGGUGUUGCGAAAUUUGGGGUUUCCUGAUGAGAAAAUCCAACAGUUUGUAAUGGCAAGACCGAGUUAUUUGACAAACAAGUCUGGUUGGAUUGUCAAGAUUCUGAAUAGAGUAGAAAAGGAGUUUGGGAUUCCUCGAAGCGCCCCAAUGUUUUACAGUGGAGUGUUUGUCGCGACUGCGCUGAGUAAAUCAACUGUGGACAGGAAACUCGAAAUCUUGAGGAGCUUUGGGUGGUCGAAUUCAGAAAUUUCUACCAUGGUGCAAAAACAACCUCAUUCUUUAACUGUAUCAGAGGUUAGGUUGAAAAGGGUGCUGAAUUUUUUAAUGAAGGAGCUUGGCUAUAGCUCCCAUUACUUGGCUUUUCGCCCCAUGUUUCUUAUGUCUAGUUUGGAGAAGAAGACCAUCCCUCGGAGUCAAGUGUUGAAGAUUCUUAAAGAAAAUCAGCUGAGAGCAUGCUCACUCUUUACCGCAAUAUCAUUGACUGAAUCAAAGUUUUCUAAUGAUUAUCUGCUACCCCACAAGGAUAAGCUGCCUGAAAUGUAUCAAAGAUACAUAACAAGUAUGGAGAUGUAGAACAUGCAGACAUUUGUUCAUCAAUGCUUUUCCUCUUCUUUCUAUAGUUGUUCUAAGUUUUGUGGGGAUUGAUUGGAUUUGCUCAAAUGCUCUUCAUAAUUGAUGAAUCAUUAAAGAUGUGCAGAGAUUCCGUUCUUUCUUUAAUUCAAGGCGUAAAGCAGGGACAUUGUUGAUACAAUCUGAUCAUUAGUUGGACUUGGCCUGCAGUAUGGUCAUUAUAUAUUGUACUUUUUAAGUUCAUUGUUCAUUUCUCGGACAGGAUCAUACUAUGAUUAGUUAGUUUAUAUGAAGUUUUUUACUUUUCCUUAAACUGAUCAAUUUGCAGAUC